AUUGGCGCCAACGCGGUUUCCGGUUUCAGACGGCCUUUCCAGCGGCCAUGGACAUCAUGAUGGCGCUGAGCACGGAGGACGUGAAGCGGCUCAAGUCUCGCUUCGUCCGACCGCUCACGAUUGACGAGUUUGUCUACACCAUGACCAAGUCGCUCCACGAACACAUCGAGGACGAGCUUGAGUUUGCCAUGGCGGUCAUCGAGCUCUUCGAAACCAUCGACGUCAACGGUGACGGGUCGCUCGAGUGGGACGAGUUUGCUGGCUACAUCAUGGACGCGGGCAUUGCGAAAGCGGAGGAGGCGAUUAGCGCGCAGUCGACUGCCAAACUCUAUACGAAAUUGAGCUUCAAAGGCGAGCUCACCAACUCGACGCAGCCGAUUGCAGCCGAGCGCACCUACAUUGCGCAGCUCUUGUACCUCGCCGCGAAGAGCGCCGUCGCAUACUUCGAGGUGCACGCGGACGUGGUGCAUUUGUAUGUGGUCGCCCACGAGCGCGACGCCGAGCCGCGCUUCGCCUCGACGAUUCGCCUCCACACCGCGUACCAAGCCCACAAGGUGCUCGCGAUCGAAGAAGUGCCGACACGAUCGACGCUUGUCGUAUCGUCUGUGCUUCAGCAGCACGGCACGAUCACGCUUUGGGACAUUGGCCGCAUUUACGGCCCCGUGCCGCUGCAGCGCGUUGAAACGCCGGCGCCGCACGAGUUGCUUCUCUGGGUUCCGUCGGCGCAGCUUCUUUUGACAGCGACAGGCCACAUAAGUGCACACCAGCACCGCAAGCCGCCGAGUCCGCUCAUCGCCGCGUACGAUAUUGCGGCGUUGGCGUCGGUGGACAUGAAGGUGGACGUCAAGGGUGUGAGUGCGCUCUGCGUUGUCAAGCGCAGCACGCGCACCGCCGUGGCCUUUGGCAGCUUUAACGGCCUCAUCACGCUCCACGAUCUCUCGCGUGAAGACGCCGAUGUGGUGCUCGAGGCCCAUGAAAAAGGCGUCAAGGCCGUCGUCCACUCGCCCAAGUUUGCCUACCUCGCCAGCAUUGGCUUUUACUCGUUUGCAGAAGAAAGCACGAUGGAGAUCUUGAUCUGGAACGUGGACGACGGCGACCUUCAGACCGCGUUGCGCGGCCACCAUGCUGCGCUGAGUGCAAUCACCGCCGUCGACUCGGAGAGCCACUUUCUCUCGUCCGAUGAGCUUGGCACCUGCCGCGUGUGGUCUGCGACGUCGUGGGACUGUCUGCAGGUGUUUGAAGCCCACUCGGCGGAGAUGGGACUGCUUCGGGCACAGCUGGUGAUGCCCGCCACGGCCCACGCCGAUGCCGUCCUCCUCUGCGGCGGCAAGUGCAUCGAGUACUUUGACUGCUCGAUCACCCGCGACCGCGAAGAGUUUAUCUUUAUGGCCUUCAACGCGACGCUCAACCUCAUUACGGCCGCCACGUAUCACCGCUUGAUUUUAUGGGACGUCGGCACGGGCAACGCUACCAAAGUAUACAGUCUGCAAGUCAUUUACAACGAACGGCCCGUGCGCGGUAUCACGGCCGUGUGCAUGGACGACCGCGAGCGCAAGCUCAUUGUCGGCGACGAUGCAGGUCAAAUCCUCGUCGUCAACAUGGUCAACGGCAACCUCAUGAAGGAGCUCGACCCGCACACCCUCGCGAUCACGUCCGUCUCGUACGCGGCCAAAGCCAAGUGUGUCGUCUCGACUGCCAUGGACUCGACCAUCCAUAUCUGUGACGAGAACAACGCCCACGGGUAUUACGUACCAUACGCCGGCGCGCCGCUCUCGGUGCUACUGCGCUCGAUUCACCUUCAGGCGCCGCCACCAGCAUGCACCGUGCAGGGCUCUCGCCCGUCGUCGGCGGUGGAGCUCCGACCACGCACCGGUAGCGGUCUGCCGCUACGACCGAGCAACCUCCAUGGCGCCCAGCUCUCGAUUGAUAUUGUGACGAGCCAAGUGAGCGAAGCGUGGGAUCUCAUUGCGACCAUGGCACAUGUCUCGGGGGCGCUUGGUGAGUGUUACUUGCAGCUGUGGGAUUUCUUCUCGCCGCAACUUGUCGGGUCGUGCGUGCCUCCGCGCGUGCACUGCGGCGAGAUCAUGUGCAUCGCCUUUCUUGGCGCGCUCCCAGGUCUCCUCGCGGGCUUCUCGAAUGGCGACGUCUUUCUCUGGGGUGUUCGGCGGUCGGCCGCGCCGUCGCAAUGCCUCUUCGAGCUCAAGCACACGUCGAAAGGCAGCCCCAUUACGUGUCUUGACGUCGUCGUGACGCCCGGUGCCAAGCCGGACUACUGGAUCAUUGCUGGCGACGAAGCUGGCCGCGUUACUCGGUGGACACUCACACACGACAUGUGCGCGCGCGUGCUCCUUCCUAAGAACUCAUCGCCGCCCGAGACCAACGACGAGCCGAAUGGAGCGGGCAGCUCAAGCGCCGAAGCCACGAUCGGACGGCACACGCACAGCGAAAUUCUCUGGGAUGCCAUGCACAAGAGUGUGAAGGCGGCGAAAUCGAUCCAGCAACAGAGUCCACCGCCGACGUGCGUCUACCACGAUGUACAGUGGUCAACGGGACCCCACGCGGUGGCCAAGCUCUCGUCUGUGCCGUGCGUCAAGGGCGGAACGUCGCUUCUCUCGUGCUCGGUCGCGGGCCAAGUCAAGGCGUGGACGAGCGACGGCGACCCAGAAGGCACCCUCGACUAUUUUGCGACGCGGCGCGAACCAGUCGUCGAGCCGUGGACCGUGCCGGUGGAUACGUCGUGCCGGCGCCGCGUCAAAGAAGCCCAGGCGCGCGAACUCUGUAGCAAAGUGCACCAGAUCAGCAUCGCGAUGCGCGAUCCCCGGCGCGAAGCGACGCCGCUGUCGACGCCGCAGAUGAGUCUGAGCACGAAAUCCCCGCUCGGGAGCCCGAGUUUCAAGCUCACACCACGCACGUGCGCGCGCUUCAAGAGCUUGUCGCAGCUCAUGCCGCGAAAAGGCCCGACCAAAGACGACGAGACUGCCGAGAGCCCGCCAUUAGAUGUGGUCCUGCACGAACUUGGACAGUUGGACGAUGUCAACAGACGCGCGACCGUCCGCAAGAAGCGCGAAAUCAAGACGGUCGAAGGCAUUUUAGAGCUCCAGCGCGCGGCAUCGCUGACGCAGCUGCCGUCACAAACGACGACGCGGCUGUCGCAGCGCCGGCCCCACGGGGGCUCCUCAAGCGAACGCUGCCCAAACUCAACACGUCUGCGCUGACGACGACGACGACGAAGCCGCCGCUCGAGAGUGUCCUCUCGUACCACAUGAAGCUUGCC